AUGGCCCUCCUCCACAGACUAAUCGUUCUCAUCCCGCUGAUCCUGUCCAUUGUGGGCACGAUCCUGUCAGCGUUGUCUCUAUUUGCUGGCCACAAGCAAGGUUUCAUGGAAGACUAUGCCAUUGCAAGACUCAAUGUCUCGCGCAUAGGCUACGAUGUCAUCAAGUCCAGCAGCAGUGAUAGCAGCUCAAACGACGAUGGUGGCUUCCUAGACUCACUCAAGGACAAGUUGAAUGAUGCCAAGAAGGACAUUACAGAGAAGAUCAACGAUGUAGUCGGCGACGUCGCCGGAGACGUUGCCGAGAGCAUCGGCAUCUCAGAGUGGUACUCCAUCCAUGUCAUGGGCGCCUGCGAGGGCGACUACUCGCCAAACUCAACCGUCUCGUAUGCGUCGCUCAACAUCACCAACUGCACCGCCUCUGAAGCAGGAUUCCGCCUCAACAUGACCGCACUGAUGGACAAGGAGCUCAGCGUCGGCCCCUUUGACAUCAACAUCGCCGACCUGGGCUGGGACGAGAAGAUGCAGGACAAGCUCGACAUCGUCAACAAGGUCCUCCUCGGCCUCUUCGUCCUCUUCGUCCUGGGCAUAGGCUUCAGCGGCCUCGCGACCAUCCUCUGCGUCGCCGCGUUCCUCCUCCCCGAGAACAGGCUCGUCGCCGUCGGGAACCUCGUCCUCGCCCUGCUGGCCACCAUCGUGCUCAUCAUCGCCAGCAUCCUCGUCACCGUCAGCGUCACCAAGGGCGUCAACGAGUUCAACAACCUGUCCGAGAAGAUUGGCGUCACCAUCGUGAGGGGCAACCCCUUCCUCAUCAUCAGCUGGGUCGCCGCCGUCGUCAUGCUCGUCGCCAUGGUCUUCUGGGCCACGCGGUUUCACAUGAUCCGGAAGCAGGAUAGGCUCGGUCCCCGAUACGUCUCGCGGUCCAAGAUCUAA